GGAGAACAAACGCCUCGGCCGCCAGCCACCAUGAACUACAGCAGCAUCCUCUCGACCACAUCCAUGGACCAAAGCGGCAGAUCCGUCACACCAUCUUCCUCCCUUCCGACAGCAACACCAGCAGCACCAGCCAACCAGCAGCAGUCAGCAGGAAGCACCCCGACUGUCGUCAAGCUCCGUGACACUCUCGACUUCCUUCAGAAGGUGACCCAGCAGCUGCAGGCAAGGGCCGACGAGAGGCUUAAUUGCCUUCGCUAUGGCAUCAAGCAGCAGGGGCUGCGGCUCUUUCUCACGGCCACGUCAGGGGCGGGAGGCGCGCCGCACGGCAAGAGCAUCGACGGGGUGGGACUGCCUCAGCAAAGAGACCGAAGGGAAGACCUGGUGGUGCAGCUGUUGACACAGGUGACCAACACGUGUCUGCGGCAAGACCGCAAGCCGCGCGUGAGGCUCUCGCUGCUGCCGGUGGAGGAGGGAGCAGAUCCACUCGUGGAGGUCUCCUCCAUGGGCGACAAAACCAUCGUCACGCCAGACCAUAAGCCUGAGCGGAAGGCUGUGUGCCGUCGAUGGGAUCAGAGGAUGCGUGAGCAGGACGGUGACGGCCUCGUCAAGCAGGAGAAGGGCAUCAAAGCACCGGCCGUCAGCUCAUGUGAGGGGCGGGAACCACAAGGCUGUGGUGUAUCAUGAGCGUUACACGUCCUGUCGUUGCCGCCGGACUGUGUGUCGUGUCAGGUCCUCAUGAGCUUGUGGCGGCAUCGGCUUACCACUACGUGGCCAGCCUUCCUGCGUCCUUAGAGCCCACACCCACCACCCAGCCUCUGAUGGCCCCGAUCAUGGUCCAAAUGCCGCUACCCUGGUCCCCACAGACCAUGCACUUCGCACCCGCUGCACCUAGUGCAGCUGCAGCGGCCGGCUUUGGGCCUUUCACGGGCUUUUGGCCUCCGCUGCUCAAGCCACUCGCGACCGCCUUACACUCGGCCAACGACAGUGGCGCCCCCGCCGCAGCUGCCGCUCAAGACAGAUCGACGGAUGCCCAGCAGUGCACCAUCCCCGACCCCGUCCCCGUCGGUGGAAAGGGUGCGCCGGCUGACGAGAGCUUACCAGCCAUGCGACAGGAGCAGCAGAUUGGCACCGCCACCGGGGCGGCGUCGGCCAAGCAGCCAGCUGGCGAGAAGAAGCAUGUCCGACACGAACGCCGGGAGGAGCAUCUCGGCAGUGCUCCUGGUGCCGCGCAGCAGGGCGUCAAGGACCCCAGAAGCUCUGCAAAUGCCAUCCCUCAGCGGAGCAGCAUGGCCGGUGCGCUUGUGGAUCCACGAUGUGUUCAUUUGUGUAUCGUGUGUGAUGUUUGCGUGUCUUGUCCAUCUGUCUGUCAGAGGACGGUGAGGACACUCUGUCCAGAGGCGGGGAGGGGGAGCAGGAGCGGCCGUCCAAGCCAGCUGGUUCCCGCGAGGCGGCUGACAGCGACGCUCAGGGGGAAUGGUGGGUUGGUGAAAGGGAUGACGGGACGACUGUGUACACAAACAGGGCGACGGGGGAGGUCAGCAAGGAGCCACCUGGGCUGAAAUGCCGCCAAAACCCGCAGCCCGCGAGUGAGUACGUAGGAAUCAUAUCAACCCACGCAAUCCAAUCCUCCGUCUGUCUAUCGUGCGUGGCGUGCAGAAAUUCCCUGGUACUCUCUUCCUAAGAAGCGCUCCCGCCGCCGUGCCAAAACAGACCUCCCGCGAGCUGCCGACGACUGGACGGAGACCGGUGGACGGUGCGAUCCCUUGUCCGUCGCCGAUGCAGCCGCGACAGGAGCCAACCGCAUCCCGCUCAGACCAAGGGAGCAGAGUCCAUCCCGCAGGUGCCGUCCGAAGGUCGACAGGAUGAGAUCACGGUCGCCCUUACCGAGGCGCCGUGUCAAGCAGGGCCAAGGCGCCAAGGACGCAAGAUCCUCUGCAGAUGCCAAACCUGAGCCGCGCCACACGACCGGUAGGUUCACAAUGACUCCAUGAUGUAUUAUUCAUUGUGUAUCGUGUGCAAUGCUUGUGCGUCUUGUCUAUCUGUCAGGCGAUGGUGAGCCUUUUCUGUCCAGGGGCGAGGAGUCACCUCGUUGGGGCGACUUGCCUCCGGAGCCCCCUGAGAAGCCCCUCCGCCCCCGUCCUAACGCCAGAUACCCGCGAGCUGCCGACGUCAAGACGGAGCCCGGUGUCACUGUCACGGGAGCCGACCCCAUCCCGCUCAGACCUGUCUCUCCCGCUUCCACUCUCGGCGAAAAGACGCGUCUUGGUGAGAAGCAUGAGGAUGUCGACGUCGGCACACCGGCUCACGGUCGUGAGGAGAGGGGGGUGUGCCCUUCUGGCUCAGCAGCACAGUGGGCAGUUGAUAAGUGUGCAGCCACAGACACAGACCAGCAGCAGCAGCAGGAGGAGGAGGAGGAGGACAAGCACCAGAAGGGCCACGAGCAGCAACAUCAUGAUGGUGGAGAUGGGAGCGAGGAAGGGAUCGAUGAGCUGUGGCAUGGACCCGGUGUGCAGAGGGAGGAUUUCGAAAUCCACCACCAGCAGGCUGCCCCUGACGUCGCCAUGCAGCGAGACGACAACGAUGGCUGCAGUCGCGAGGGCCAGCACGACAGGUGCGGCAUUGGUGCGGAGCCACCUGCGGCGGUCGCCGAGAUGCUGCCGAUGCAGAUGAAUCAGUCGAUGGAGGCUGCAGACAGUCUGCAUUGCAAGGAGACCAAGGAGGAGAUUGCAGACAACGGUCCUACUCAUGAUCCCGCUCCCCCUCCCCUGCGCCCACAACGCGAGAACGAGGAGGCUGAGGUGCCUGGCAGCCAUGUGGCGCUCCCGGCAGACCAUGUGGCGCCCAGCGGCAUCGAUGAACAUGUCGGCCAGCUGCACACGGACAAGGCGCCAUCCGACCAGAGAAUGAGUGACAGCGGUGUGGAGGGCGAGGGGGAGAAGGUGUCGGCCAAGGGGCACCACCACGAGGGCCCCUCGCCCACCAGCACGGGCACCGGUGAUGUGAGCAGCUCCACCAACGGUGACGCCACCAAGGGGGGUGGUGCCUCCCGUGUCAAUGGCGUGGUGGCAAAGGGCGGUGCGGGCCAUGCAGCACCCACCUCCAGCAAGGCUACCAGCAAGGCCGGCAGCGUCAAAAAACACAAGACGUAGGUGUGGGCAAGAAAGGGGACACGGCUGUUUGCACAUCUGACGUGUUUUGUCAACUGGUCUCUUGUCUGCUGCUGUUGUGUCUGGUUCGCCAACAUUAUAGGUCCAAUGUGAGCUUCGACCCCACUGGAUCCGCGUCUGCCCCAGGGCUCACGUCAUCGUUGUCUGCGUCCCGUGCUCAGCCCCCGCCGCCGCCACUCAACGCAGCCGCCCAGACCAAGGGCCGCAGUGAGGAUGGCAAACCGCUGGCCCCUCUCGCCUGCUUCAGAGGCCUGGCAGGGUUCUCAUCCAAGGCCCCCAAGCCGCCACGCACCAUCCCUCUCACACCAUCCCUCGCCAGGUCCCCAGCCAAAAGGGUGCCGAAGCAGAAGGGGCAGAAGGAGGGGCACAAGCUCCAGCAGGCGUCAGUAGCAGAGCCGAGUUCAUCCGCAGCAGCACCACCACCACCACCAGCAGCUAGCAACAAACAGCACCACCCACAGCCACAGCCGAAACCGCCUCGUUGUGAGUCAGCCCUCAAGCACCCGCAGCCCAUUUCCCGCCUCCAUAUGGGUAUGGGCGGCGGCCAGGCUGACAGCGAUGACGAGCCCAUCGCCAACCGGCCAAAAGGCAGGCGGCUCACCGCUCGCCCGGACCGAUACACGCCUGACAAGGCCGCUAGUCAUCGUGAGGAUGGCCAGGGGGGGGCGGCUGCUGAGCACCGCGAUGUCGAGAUGGCCGACAGACAAGUGGACGACAAGGCUGCAUGCCCCCGACCGCAGCGGCUGUCUGCAGUGGACAAAAUGGCAGCAGAGCGGCACAAAGGCGGCUGCUCAGCUGCAGAGGUCGAGACCAAGGUUGCGGCAAUCACGCCCGAGAAGCCCGAGGGCGACGAUGGACUCAAUCCAGAGGACAGCCAUAUCGGGGGCUCCCAGCUUGAGGUCUCUGUCGACAGCAAGGCGUCCAUCGUUGGGCCAUCAACCAGUCGCCGCUCCCCUGUCCCUUUGGAGGCCGACUUUGAGGCAACUCUCAAGACCAAGAGAGACACCGACGCGGCAUUUGCUGGCCUGGAGGUGUCAUAUGCCCGCAGCGACAGCAGAGAAGACGCCUUCACUGUGACGGUUGGCACCUUUGACGACGGCUCCCGUGAGCGCUUCUACGUCCAGGCUGAUGUGGUGCGUCGGGGGAGCUGGGGCUUCUCAGGUAGGGUGGUGGGUCGAUGGGCGAACACCAAACACAGACAGACACAACGCAUCGACACAUCUGUCUGUCUGUCUGCGCUCGAUCAGACAUCAUGAAAAAGGUCUGCCGAGCUGUCGGGCUGCACGGGCGCCCACCUGACCUGGCCUUUUAUGAGUUCGUCAAGGACCCAAGCGGCCGCCGUCUGCUGCAGGGCAAGAAGCAAGCCAACAAGAGCAAGACCGAUCAGGUCGGACAGCUGGACGGACCCGGCGUCUCUCGUCAGCACCCACACUACCUUCCGGCCCACCCCAAGCGGAAGCCACUUGAGCGUGCGGGAGUGAGCAGCCCGCCGAUAGCCGUGGCUGGUUCUGUCGAUGGGCAUGUUGGUCGGCGCGGCCUCGCAGCCACGCCAUCCGAGCAGGAGAACGAGUGCAGGGAGAUUUGGCGCGCGCUGUGCACGCCCGGCAAGGGCCGGGAUCCUGGUGCGUAUCAGAGGCUGAAGAAGAUGGCCGUCUUCUCCCGCAACGUCUACUCGCAGCACGAUCAGGCUGUCCGUGUGCGCGUCGGCCCCUUCGUUCAGGACACCGGGAUCGAUCUGUACGUCGAGGGGGAGAUGUUCAGGAGCCAACUGUCACGCCGCACACGCUCAUCGCAGGCCAACGGGGGAUGGCAGCUGUCGCCAUGGCUGCUCCCCGACAAGCUGAGGAUGGUCGAUGAGAGAGGUGCGCAGCUGCUCGACAACCCUCCACCCGGAGCAUCUGUCGUCACGGCAGUGAGGGACGGCGCGACGAUCCACAUCAUCCGCGACGAUUGUCUGAAGGAUGUCAGUGACGUCAGCCACUCAGAACGGCGGACGGACAAGAGCCCGUCAGCGCAGCACGACCCUUCGACGCUUCUCUCGGCCACCCUGACGUCUGAGUCAGCCAAGCUGCCCUCGGCUCCCGCGGGCAUGGCGGCUUCCGCCGCGCCCUCGGCCCCAUUGGUGGGCGAUGGUUGGGGGAUGGUGGUUGAUGGGGUCUCGCUGGGCAAGCGGAAGGCGCAUGAGCCGCCCGUGGCUGAGGGAGAGGGGGAGUGCCGAUCGACCAAGGUGCACAAGACAGGUGGGCGACGUACUCACUCUGUCGAUUUAGGUGCCGUCUGUAUGUGUCGCCUUGUGUGUGUGUGUGUGUGUGUGUGUGUGUCCCCUAACCUGUUGAUCAGAUGAUGGUGGUGUUGCGGUGGAUGGUAGUGGGGAUGUCGCUGCUGCCUGUGUCAAGAAGGUGGCACUGGAAGAGUUGGAUGUGGCGGAUGUCAAGCUGGCGUUGGAGAAACUGUUCGAGAAUGACCCGAAGCUACUGCGCAUCCUGGUGGAGAAACUGGAGGAGGUACCUACGUGGCAAAUCGACAACGAGUAGAUUGCUGGUGGCCGCGUGUAUGUGUGUGUGUUGGUUGGUUGCCUGUGUGCCUGCCUGCCUGCAGCAAGCUAUUGACGGGGCGGCGUUGGCGGGGACGACUGAGGAGGAUUGGAAGAACCUGUGGGGCGCGUCGCUGAAGAUGGGACCCCGCAUCAAGCUGAGGCAAUGGGUGAAGAGUGCAAGACUACAUGGGGUAAGUCAGUGUGGCUGGCACGCGACAGACACAUAAAUGCCACCAAGGACAGGCACACAUCGAUAGCUCACCUACCACUCUGUGUGUGUCUGCAGGUGGAGGUGCCCCAGUCGAGUGCGUCGAAGGAUAACAAUACCGCCAUGCAGUGACAGCCCACCGGUGGACCACAAUCGAACGCACAUACAUGGUCAGCCCUCUGGCGUAUUGUUUUCCCGUCAGCGGCGGUGUGUGUGUGUUACUCUCAGAUCAUUACUACACUGUCCCCGUUUCCGCUGGCUGGGCGAUGCGACGACCGGCCCCACCCUGACUGAUCCCUUGUUUGUGUGCACAGCAAUACAUGUUGGAGGGGCGAGUCCAUCUCACUGCCUUUGUCUGCUGACCGAUUGACUGACGAUGGGCCUUCAUUGUGCAUGUAUGUGUUCAGUUCAUGUGUGGCGUCAAUCUAUCGGAUUCAUCCCAUCCACGUGCUGAUGGGUGUGUGUGUAUCUGGCGACCGACAUUUUCUCGAGUGUCCGUGGCCAAAGGUAUCCUAUCCUGCCUCUCGUGUUCGUGUGUGUGUGUGUGUCUAUCGGAAUAUAAGCGUACUUACGUCCACACGUACAUUUGUCAACCAACGGAGGUGAGCGAGCGAGCGGGUGGGGUCGGGCGGCGGUAUGCGGUGCGUUUUGCCAUCCCUCCCUCCCUCCACAGCUCAGAUCAACCUCGGUGUGUCCAUCGGUGUGUCCUGACUGCGUACCGCUUUAAUUUAUGUAUCCGUGUGUAUGUCUGCCGAUGAGAUGAGUUCUCGUUGUCCAUACCGGGGGGUGGGCGGCUGGGUGAAUAGAUGCCUGGCGUGGCGUGUCGUGGGUGCGUUUUUGUCGUGUCGAUCGGAGCGUGGCAGCCAGGCGCUAUAGACGACGUGUGCAGAGCAGAGACGCGUGCAUCCCAAGUGAUAUACUCAUACAUGCAUGCGGUUGAGCAGUUGAUGGGUCCGCCAGCCAUGGCGCACAUACAAAUCGCAUCAGUUUGCUGGCC